CUUCCUUCUUCCACCAUUGAGUAUUUUCUCUCUUCCUUCUUCUAUCAAUGGAGUUGUAUCUCUGUUUCUUCACUCUGUUUUUAAUAUCACAAUCUGUUGCAUUGGGGAUAGCAGCAUUAGAGAAAACGCAGAUUGAAUGUGCAAUGUGCUUAGAAUGUGAGAAUCCAUGUGAUCAGCCACCACCGCCAUCGCCUUCACCGCCUCCUCCACCACCGCCGCUAGAGUUACUCUGUCCUCCACCGCUUCCACCACCUCCUCCGCCGCCGCUAGAGAUUUUCUGUCCGCCACCACCUUCUCCACCACCUCCUCCUCCACCUCCUUCACCACCACCACCAUGUACUCACUGCCCGCUCCCACUUCCGCCGCCGUUACCGCCGGUUUGCAAUGAAUGCGUUCCGAAUAGGCCGAAACCGCCGAUCAUAAUCACAGCCGCAGCAGCGUCAACGGAGGUUUCUGCUUCUAUAAGCUUCGUUAUUGUUCUAGUCUUUGCCGUCGCCUCUCUGCUUCAAUAAUUUUGAUUCUUGGAGCGAUGUUCGGCUUGUGUUAUCUCUGCAUUUUAAUUCUUAUAAUCACUAUAAUAAAAGUAAAGUAACCAAAUAUUAUUGGUAACAUUUUAAGAAAAAGAGAAUAUUUCGGUCCCACUGAAAGUAUUCUACUUUCUACAUAAAAAAACGAACCCCACCUCACCCAAGUUCGAUAAUUUGAUCGAAAAAAAAAGCGAACAAACCCCUUAAUUAUCAUAAACAGAGGCUAUGGUCUAGUCUAGCUGUCUAAAUUAACGUCGCCUGUUAUGUACUAUAAUCAAUAGUUCAAUACCAUUAUUAUUUACGUAAUUUUCACGGUGAAAAGUGUUUAAUAGCUUCGAUCGUUGUUGUUUUGAACCAAUGGAUAAGAGAGAGAGAGAGAAAAGAUCUGACCCGUCCGAUAGAUUCCCACCGAACACUGGAGGAAGCAACGGUCGUGAUGACUUGAGGGAAACUGGUGGCUGCAGGGUAGACCCCACCGAACCUAGUACCAGGACCCAUAUUUGAAACGCCGUGUAAACCCUCGGACCACCACUCUAGUCUCGUACCCUUUGAUUUCUAGCCGUGAAAUCGCCGCCGCAGUGUUCCCUAACAAGGCAACUUUCUCUGCUAACGUCAGCCGUACGAUCAAAUCCAUUACUCUCUCCAGUAUCGGAACUGACACCUGGCAGAAUCUCAGCGUCGCUGUUGCUGCGUCCUUUGUAUCGCAAGCAGACGUUUCGCGGCUGUGGACGCGGAAAGCUGUUUAUGAAGAAGAAUAAGAGAAUAGCGGCCAUGAACGCCGUUUUGUGGAGAAUCAUUUCUUUUAUUUUCUCCUCUUCUGACUUUUCUUGGGUUUAGAGAGA